UUCUUCUAUAUGAAUAUGGAUUAGCAGGUUACUAAUAUGGCUUCUUCUGCUUCUGCUGCUGAAAUUUACCUCCCUCGAGACAAGUAUGAUGUCUUUCUUAGUUUUAGAGGUCUAGACACGCGCCAGAAAUUUACCAGCCAUCUUUAUGAGGCUUUAAAGCGGAAGAAAAUUGAUACCUACAUGGAUAAUAGACUUGAAAGAGGAGAUGAAAUUGAGCAUGCCCUGGUGGAAGCAAUCGAGCAAUCAAAGAUUUCAAUAAUUGUUUUUUCAGAAAACUAUGCCUCUUCUAGCUGGUGCUUGGAUGAGCUUGUGCAUAUACUGAAAUGCAGGCAAAGAUAUGGACAGAUUGUUAUACCUGUAUUUUAUGAAAUAGAUCCAUCACAUGUACGGAAACAGCAGGGAAGUUAUGCAAGUGCAUUAGUAGCUCAUGAAGAACGUUUCGUGAACAACAAGGAGAAAGUGCUCAGUUGGAGGAAAGUUUUGUCAUCUGUAGCUAAUCUAUCUGGGUUUGAUUCAAAAAAUACCAGGCCCGAGUCUGCAUUAGUUGAGACAAUUGUCAAAGAGGUUUUGAAGAGAUUGAAUUGUAACUCGUCAACUAAUUCGAGAGGUCUCUUUGGGAUUGAAAGUCAGAUUCAACAAAUUAAAUUGUUAUUAUCCAUUCAUGCACAAGAUGUUCCGAUACGCAAUAUAGGCAUUUGGGGAAUGGGUGGUAUAGGAAAGACCACCCUUGCUAAUGAGGUAUUUCUCCGACUCUCUUCUGAAUUCGAUUCUUGUUCAUUUCUUGCAAAUGUUAGAGAAGAGUCAGAGAAAUAUGGCAUACAUCAUGUGCGAAAUAAACUUCUCGGUGAGUUAUUAGAGGAGGAAAGCCAAAAUAUUGGCUCUCUAUCUAUAGGGUCACAUCUUUUACGCAGGUUGUCCCGUACGAAGGUCCUUGUUGUUCUAGAUGAUGUGAACGAUUCAAGCCAAAUAGAAGCUUUACUUGGAGAUCAAGUUGUGUUUGCAUGGGGAAGUAGAAUCAUUAUAACCUCUAGAGAUAAGCGACCACUGAUAGAUAGAGUGGAUGAUGAACAUAUAUACCCGAUGAAGGGGUUGGAGAUUGAUGACGCUCUUCAGCUUUUUCAUUUGAAAGCUUCCAAAGAUGACCUUUCCAAAACAGAUUGUUUGGACUUGUCAGUAAGAGCUGUAGAGAUUGCUAAAGGUAUACCAUUAUUUCUUACAGUUUUGAGCUCCUCAUUUGGUGAUUGCAAAACUAGAGAAGAUUGGGAAGAUGAAUUGAACAGGUGGCAAAACUUUCCGAACAAAAAAAUUGAGGAUAGGUUGAGACCAAGCUAUAAUGGAUUACAAGAGGAUGAGAAGGGAAUAUUUCUUGAUAUUGCAUGUUUCUUUAAAGGAGAAAAGAGAGGGAAGUCAGAAAGAAUAUUACAAAUGCACGGGUUCUCUGCACGGAGGGGAAUUCAAAUUCUCAUCAAUAAGUCUCUUAUAUCAAUUUCCAUGGAUAAUCACCUAGAGAUGCAUGAUUUGCUGCAAGAAAUGGGUCGGUCCAUUGUUCGUGAACAAUGCACUCAUAACUGUGGGAAGCGCAGUAGGUUAUGGAAUGCCAAGGAUGUCUAUCAAGUAUUGAAAAAUAAGAUGGGAACUACAAAACUUGAAGCCAUAUGUUCAGACAUAUCUACCAUUGAUCAGGAGUUGCAACUGAGUCCUAAGUCCUUCAAAAAUAUGCACAAUCUAAGGUUGCUACGAUUUUAUGCACAGCCAAAUGUGGACACCAAAAUGCACCUUCCUGAAGGUCUCGACUUUUUACCUGACUACCUUAGAUAUCUAUACUGGGAGAGCUACCCUGCUAAAUCUUUGCCAUCAGAAUUUUCUCCACACAAUCUAGUUGAGCUUCAUCUGCCCAAUGGCAAAGUUAAGAAGCUUUGGAAUAAUAAUGGCCAGAGUUUGGGGAAUUUAAAGAGGUUGAAUCUUAAAGGGUGCAAACACCUGAUUGAAGUUCCGGAUUUCUCUCAGUGUCCAAAUAUUGAAACAUUAAUUCUCAGCGGUUGUACAGGUUUGGUUCAACUGUAUGUUAAAAAGUUUGAUAAGGUUACUACUCUAAAACUUUCAGGCUGCUCGAGUCUUAAAUUUUAUCCGGAGAUGCCAUGCAAUGUGCAAAACUUAGAUUUGUCUUGGUCUAAGCUGACUGAAGUUCCCGAUCUCUCUCGGUGUCCAAAUAUUAAGAAGUUAUAUCUGAAUCAUUGUGCGGAGUUGGUUCGACUUCCUGAUGGAUAUCUUAAACAUCUUGCCAAGCUUACUACUCUUAAUAUGGCAGACUGUUUAAGUCUUAAAGCUUCUCCUGAGGUACCAAGCAGUUUACAAACCCUAGAUUUGUCUAGGUGCUUUCAACUGAGUGAAGUUCCUGAUCUCUCUCAGUGUCCAAAUAUUAAGAAAAUAGAUCUCUGUUGGUGCACAAAUUUGGUUGAACUCCCAAUAUUAAAAGAUUUUGAAAAGCUUAUUUGUUUGGAACUAGCAGGGUGCUCUGGUCUUAAAGCUGCUCCUGAGUUACCCCGCAAUUUACGACAAUUGGAUUUGUCUUCUUGCUCUCAAAUGAUUGAAGUUCCUGAUCUCUCCGAGUGUGCAAAUAUUGAUGAAAUAGAUUUCAGUCGGUGUUCAAGUUUGGCUCAACUCCCUAAGUCAACAUUUAAAUAUCUUGAUAAGGUUUCUCGUCUGCAGCUGGCAAGGUGCUUGAGUCUUAAAGUUUGUCCCGAGUUACCGCCCAAUAUACGAGAUUUGAAUUUGUCUAAUUGCUGUCAACUGACUGAACUUCCCGAUCUCUCUGGCUGUCCAAAUAUUGAGACUCUAGAUCUCUGUCAUUGUACAAGAUUGGUGCACAUCCCUGAUUCAUAUGUUGGAAAUCUUAAUAAGCUUACUACUAUGUAUCUGGAAGAUUGCUCGAGUCUUAAAGUCUUCCCGAAAAUACCACAAAAUGUAAAGAAUUUGCAUGCGCCUUCUUGCUCUCAGCUGACUGAAUUUCCUGAUAUCAGUGGGUGUCCUAACAUUGAGAGGAUAGAUCUCAGUGACUGUACAAGUUUGGUUCAUGUCCCUCCUUUUGUCAGAAAUCUUGAUUUCUUUCGUUCCUGCCCCCUGCACUGGGAGGUCUUAAGCGAUGCAAACAGAGGUGGCUCGUCAAGUGGUCUUGAGAAGGCCACUAAUGGGUUUGCUCAGAAGAACAUGAUAGGCCAAGGUGGGUAUGGGGUUGUGUACAAGGGCACACUUGCUGAUGGGACCCUUGUUGCUGUGAAGCAGAUUCUUGAUAUGGAGGCAUUGGAUUCGAAAGGGGACGAGAAGUUUUCGAAUGAGGUGGAGAUCAUAGGGAAGAUUCGGCAUAGGAAUUUGCUGUCGCUUAGAGGGUGUUGUGUUACUAGUGAUGAUUUUGAAGGGAAAAGGAGGUUCUUGGUUUAUGAUCUUAUGACAAAUGGGAAUUUGAGUGACCAUUUGAGUAGCAGUAAGAGGAGAUUGAGUUGGCCUCAGAGAAAGAGUAUCAUACUUGAUGUUGCAAAAGGGCUUGCUUACUUGCACAAUUGGAUCAAGCCUGCUAUUUAUCACAGGGACAUAAACGGGACUAACAUACUAUUGGAUUCAGAAAUGAAGGCCAAAGUUGCAGACUUUGGUUUAGCCAAGCAAAGUUUAGUGGGGCAGACUCACUUGACAACAAGAGUUGCUGGCACUUAUGGUUAUUUGGCGCCAGAGUAUGCUCUCUAUGGACAGCUUCCGGAGGAGCGAUGUUUACAGCUUCGGCAUUGUGAUUCUUGA